AUGGCUGGGCCGCACCACAUGGACGACCACGACCGCGAGCGAUGGGCCUACGCCGGCCCUGUGCGCACCACCAUCGCCGUGCUGCAAUAUGCCUACCCCAUCGUUAUGCUCGUCUUCUUUCUCGCUGCCUUCACCGUCCGCAGCAUUGCCGCCUCUAAAUCUAAUACUAAUAUCGCCAAACCUACCACAACCGGCCCUGGAGGAAAGCCGCUCCCGGCCACCGAUCCCACCCGCAACUUCGUCAAGAAGCUCGUCCACGAUGAUGUCACCCAGACCCAGAAGCGCGUCUUCGAAUGGGUGUCGCUGGCUACGGCAUUCACCUUUGUCGGCAAUUCCGUCGUCGUCGUUGCGCAUGCCCUGGCCGAGGCGGAGCAGCACUGGUGGGUGGGCAAAGCCGCAGUGAUCUACCUCGUUGGCGCCUUCUUCGUCUACUGUCUCUUCGUCAUCUCCCUCCUCGACUCGAAGCCGUCUCCGACCGAGGCGCAUCUGGCAACAUGGAGUCUGGCAACCGUGCUAGAAAUAGUACUGGUAGCCCUUUCCUUCUCCAUCUACACGCAUCCGCACAAGGAGCCCACCGUAGGCACUCCCGCCAAGCGAUUGCGAUUUGGAAUGACCGAGUGGGAAGCCGCAGAGGUGGCCAUGGACCUGCUCCGCAUCGUGUUGCUCCUCGCCCUCAUCGCCUUCUACGUACUAUUCGUCAUAGUCCCACAGCGCAGGUCUCGCCAAGAAUCGGGCAGUCCAUCCGAAAAUACCUCUUUGCUCGGUAGCGCCGAACAAAACGGUCAUGCGGAAAACGGUCACGCGAACGGCUCAUAUGGCUCAGUACACCCGACCGGUGGCAAACACCAGCACACCGAGGGUGCACCGCCCGCCUGGAGCAGGCCCACUGGCGCACCCGCGCGCAGCUGGUGGGAAUACAUCAAAGGCUACCACGUCUUUUUCCCCUACCUCUGGCCUUCGAAAGAUCGCAAGCUGCAGCUGGUCGUCAUCGCAUGUUUCAUGCUCGUCCUAGGCCAACGCGUCGUUAACGUUUUGGUCCCGGACCUCACGGGUGAAAUCGUGAAGCGCCUCAACGACCGCGAGCGCGGAAAUCCGUGGACCGCCAUUAUGUUGUACAUCGGCUUCCGUUUUCUGCAGGGCAGCAACGGAUUGCUGGGUGCGGCGCGAUCUGCCCUGUGGAUCCCCGUUUCCCAAUACUCGUAUCGCGAGCUGUCCGUUGCGGCAUUCGAGCACGUGCACAGCCUUAGCCUCGACUUCCACCUCGGCAAGAAGACGGGAGAGGUCCUGUCCGCUCUAGGAAAGGGCAGCUCCAUCAACACGUUCCUCGAGCAGGUGACCUUUUCGGUUGUUCCCAUGCUCAUCGAUCUAGGCGUAGCCAUCGCCUAUUUCCUCAUCAGGUUCGAUGCUUACUACGCGCUCGUCAUCGCCAUCGUUACAUUUUGGUACAUCUAUCUGACUAUCCGCAUGGCGCAGUGGCGCGCUGAGAUUCGCCGCGAAAUGGUCAACGCCGACAGAGAAGAAGAUGCAGUCAAGAACGACUCCAUGGUGUCAUACGAGACGGUCAAGUAUUUCAACGCCGAAGCGUACGAGUUCAACCGCUACCGUGAAGCUGUUAAGAAGUAUCAGAACGCUGAGUACAAGGUCAUGAUAUCGCUGAACAUCAUGAACAUCACACAGAACAUGGUCUUUAUGAUUGGACUCCUCGUUACGUGCUUCAUCGCAGCAUACCAGAUCGCAGUUGGAGUCCUCGACGUCGGCAAAUUUGUGACGCUUCUCACGUAUAUGAGCCAACUGCAAAGUCCUCUCAACUUCUUCGGCACCUUUUACAGGAUGAUCCAGUCUGCCAUGAUCAACUCGGAGCGAAUGCUUGAGCUGUUCAAAGAGCAACCCACCGUAGUCGACAAGGAGGAUGCCAAACCUCUUGCUUCUUGUGAGGGUAAUCUUCGCUUCCAGGAUGUACACUUUGCCUAUGACCAGCGCAAGCCAGCGCUCACCGGUCUCGACUUUUACUGCGAGCCAGGCACGACCACUGCGUUUGUCGGUGAAUCCGGUGGAGGUAAAUCGACCGUCUUCCGUCUGCUCUACCGAUUCUACAACACCAUGUCUGGUAGCAUCCAGGUCGAUGGUCACGAUGUGGAAGAUCUCACCAUCGACUCGGUGCGCAGCCACAUUGGUGUCGUACCCCAAGACACUGUGCUCUUCAAUGAGACACUCAUGUACAAUCUCAAGUAUGCAAACCCAGAGGCAACCGACGAACAAGUGCACGAGGCAUGCAGAGCUGCCAGUAUCCAUGACAAGAUCAUGACAUUUCCGGACAAGUAUGAGACCAAGGUUGGUGACCGCGGCCUGCGACUUUCUGGAGGUGAGAAGCAGCGCGUGGCCAUCGCCCGCACGAUUCUGAAGAAUCCGCGUAUCAUCAUGCUUGACGAAGCCACUGCCGCUCUUGACACGGAGACAGAGCAGCACAUCCAGGAGGCUUUUACGACAUUGGCCAAGGGCCGCACUAUGCUCAUCAUCGCUCAUCGUCUUAGUACCAUCACCCACGCUGACCAGAUCCUCGUCUUGCACAAGGGCAAGGUCCAGGAACGAGGCACUCACGAGGAGCUGCUCGAUCGCAACGGACACUACGCCGCAAUGUGGAAGAAACAAAUCCGUGCCCAGAGGGCCGCCGAGCAGGCCGCCUACCUCAAGGACAAGGCUGAUAGGCUACGCCGCGAAUCCAAGGAUGGAACCAUUGGCUUCGAAGACGGAAGCAGCAGCCACUCAAGUUCAGACGACGAGAACGCAAAGAAGAUCCGCUCUACUACUGGCCAGAAUGGGUCGAAUACAGAAGACACGUCAGGGAAACCGCAUGGCCAUCCUUAG